AUGUCUCGCCUUGAUGAUCUUUUACGAAUGGCUGAUGCCAUUUCAACCCAUUCAGACUCCAUAGCCUUGUGCAUGGAUGAAUCAAAUACACUUAUUCUGCGGAUCAUUCUGUUGAACUCCCAGAUCACUUCUGCAGAUUCCGAAAUUGACUCCAUGACGGAGCUUUUGAACAAGAACAAUGUCUGCAUCAACGAGUUUGAAAAGCUCCAUGAACGGUCCUUCUUUUUGGACUCCAACUUGCAUUUGAACGAGAGUUGCACGAAUGAAACAAGCUUCCUUAACCUCACCAAGGAAUACAAUUACAUGCUUGAUACAUUCAGACAUCAUAACCAACGUUACUUGAAUAUAGCAGAGGAACCCAUGAAGCAGGAGCCAGCGCCCAAGAAAGAACUUAAGAACAUGCUUUCAAUAUCCAAUCUCAACUUGAGACCUCUUCGUUGCAGAAACCUGAAAGUAGAGAAGCAAAAGUCCCGCUAUAGACUAUCAGCAGCAUACACGUUGAACCCCCUUCUGGAAAAUGAGCAUGAAACCCAUAGAAACAUUUCUAAGCUGUCAGCUGAAACAUAUGAUAACACAGACUCUAUCAUGGACAGUCAUAACGAGUCUACUGGGAUUUCUUCAUCUCCAGAUCACCAUGACUUCAACUACCAUGAUAUGUCUACAGUAUCUGAAAGUCCCACCUUCAAACGCUUGGACCCAAUUGAUAUGAGUAAUUUGGAUCUUGAUAUGGACAGUUUAUCACGUUGCUCGGGUCUUUCAGAUCUGCCUAAUUCGCCCAAAUUCGACCUUGACAACUUCCAGGAGUUUUUGCGCCCUUCUAGAGUUGAUCUCAGUACGGCGUUUCCUUCAGCUCCACUUAAGAAAUCGAGCUCGCAUGACCUGAUAUUCUCCGAGAGUAAGAGCUGCUCGAAGCCUUCCUUCAAGUUCCACAACCCGGCAGCUACGAUCAUCAACAAGGGCAAUGUGAGUCAACCUACGGUAGAGACCAUAUUCAGUAGUACUGUUGAGGAAAAACCACAGCCUGCGCAGUCGAAAUCAUUCAAGGACCAUUCUACAAACAUUUUGCAUCAGCUCAAACCCUCAAACGGCUCUCCUGUCAAGAAGAGUGCACCAGUUACGCCAAAGAAAAGUAACAUCACAAUCUUUAAUCUUUUGAACCUGCCCUUGGGUUCCCCCAGAGGUUUUGCCCCACAAAAACAUGAAGAGGCCCCGCCACAGAGAAGAGGUAGCAUUGACCAAUUUGGUAAAUCAUUAACUUCCAGUUUCCGUCACCUUAUGUAUAGUUCUUCCUCGCCGUCGCAGGCACCGCCGUCAUCUGCGCCUUAUCAUGAAUCACCGCCUGAGGGAAUAAAGAAGCUAAGAAAAGGAUUAAGAGACCCAAUUACAAUCCCCAAUGAGAUCAAAUCUAGAAGGCUACCGCCCAGUAGCUCAGAAAAAGGUUUCAGAAGUGGAAGCCAUUCUUCUUUAACUAUUGGCAAUAACAAGGCAAAAAUAAUACAGGGUGGUGGAUUAACUAGAGGUCCUGUCAACAGGCCUGCUAACCAACAACAACUGUUUAAACAAGUUCUCAGUGAAAGUCUUCUAUAUUAA